AUGAAGAAGCAUAGGUUUGAUGAAUUUUCUUAAGCAAAAUUGACAAUAAAAUUUCGUGGUAUAUUUAUGUGGACGUAUUGCGUGUGUAAUAGAACCGAGGGAUAUAGAGUAGAACGUAACUCAGCAUCAGAGUUGACCGGCGAAGCCGAAGCUGAAGCCGUAGCCAAAGCCAGAGCUAGCUUCGCUUGCCGUUCCUGUAUUUCAGUAAUCCCGGGCAACACGAACUCACCGAAUACCCCUAUAGAUAUCCCAUACGGAGCUGCGCCAUAG